UUCGCCUUUUAAGAAAGUAAAACAAAAAAAAUAGAGUCUCACCUGACAUAUAUAAUACAGAGAAUUAGUAGAAAAAUAGAGGGUGUCCAGGUGGUGGGCGAUAGCAUGAUAGCACAAGUUCGAAACUAUAUUGUGGGACUGAUGGGAUGCAACCUAAAUAGUAGUAGAAUAUGAUGUUGAGGUAUCUUUCUUCGUAGAAUAAAAUUAGAUAUAUGUAAGUGAACUUAAGCGGUGUAAAUUCAAACCGAAUAUUAAUGACCGAUAAAAUAAAUAGCAAGUAGACCGAUAUAGUAUAUUUUAGGACUUUGCUAUGGUGACAUGCAUGUAGUCGUAACUUGUACUUUAUGUCGACCUCAUAUAUGAUUAGGUCAAUCUAAUCUAUCGUUUCAGCCUUGUGUUAUUAGAAGGCAGCUUACUUCGUAGCAACUUCGAGCCUUUUGUUUGAAGCCUUCCAGAUAUCCAAUAUUUCAUCCAUAGACAAACAUAUCUACUUUCAUGUGAUAGAGGCCCCUGGACUCGAAUCUCGUCCAUGCUUCUCGAAUUGAGGUCCAAAGUAGGCUUUCACAAACACUUUCCCAGACUUGGCCAUUUUCAGGCAGUUUUCCGAGUUUUGGCAUAGCCUUUUUGAUCAGUUUCAAAAAAAUGGUCUUCUGUACUUCCUAUCGAGCUCCCAAGCACUUCAAUGUGUAGAGGGAACACUCCAGCUUCAGAACAAGUCAUUAAUCUCCAAUUUCCAUCGAGAGCCAAUUAUAAGAAAUGAAUCUCCAAAGUAGGCGCCAUAAAACUAUUUUUACACCGAAACAACAUAUUAUAUUAGGUCGACCAAAUCCUAAUUGAGGUUGACCGAAAAAUUACAAGUUCACAUGAGCAAUCCAACCAUCACCAUUCUUUUCUUUUUCUUUUCUUUUCUUUUCUGUAGGUACCUUUCCCCGCUGUUACACGAACCCUUCACUACCAAACGUUGGUGUCUGUAUAUAUAUAGAUAGACAGCCGUACUUUGGUCCUCUCCCCUCCGGCCACUCCAAUUCCAUUAAAUUUCUCCUCUGACUGAGCAUCGAUACCCAAUAACAGCUAGCAAAUUCUCCUCUGAUUAAUGGUUGAAACCACUCCACCUCUGCACUUUCUCCUCACCAUCCCUUCUUUUCUACACCUCAAUCCCUCCCCGAUCGCCUGCUGCAGCAAACAAGCCGUGAACCGAUUCCUAACACAGUCGGCGGCGGCGGCGAUAUUACUAAAUAUAUAAUGACGGUGAAGGGUGGAGUACUUGGCGGCGGAAAUGAGAAGAAGGAGAAGAAGAAAAGCAGCAAGAACAAGAAGUUUCUGGUGAUAGUGAACGUGCUGGGGAGCACGGGGCCGAUAAGGUUGGUGGUGAAGGAGGACGACGCCGUCGCCGCCGUCAUCGAGUCCACUCUCAGGGCCUACGCUAAAGAAGGCAGGCUGCCGGGAUUUGGCUCCGACGUCGUUACUGACUUCGUUCUCUAUUCGGCUGGUGAUCAAGGCUCUGACUCCAAAGCGCUGGAGCUCGGGGAAGCAAUAGGAAGGAGCGGGGGGAGGAACUUCGUGCUUUGCAAGAACCAGCGGCGACCCCAGAUGACGGAAGGGAGGCCGGAGAUGGUGGCGGCUGCAGCACGCCGGCGAAAGGGUUAUUCCUCCGGCUGGAAGGCUUGGUUUCACAAGUCUUUCUCUACUUUCAAGUUUUAAAACAGGAAAAUUACGAUCAAUAAUAAUAAUAAUAAUAAUAAUAAUAAUAAUAAUAAUAAUAAUAAUAAUAAUAAUAAUAAUAAUAAUAAUAAUAAUAAACGUUUUCCAGCAACAAGUCAUCCACCAAAUAAACCAACUGCUAGGCUCCUCGAUCGAAUCACCUGAAAAUGAUGGCCUACCAAACCCGCCAACCUCAUCAAAUUAUAUAUGAAUUACACAUAUAGCAGAUAUAUGUUAUGUACUUGUUACUUUCUGUUAUCCUUUACUUAGAUUGAAUUAGUGUCCGACAGCACAGAGAGUACUAUAUCAAUUUGUAUAUUUCUUACUUUCUUAUAUUGUCGAUUAUCUCGAUUCGUUCUUGACAGGUGCUUACGUGAGACCAAAUUGUACGCCUUCCUACAAAAAAAAAUUGGUUCUUCACCACUGUCUCUAUGCAAGACUGAUAUUUCCCCUCCUCAAGGUCAAAUAUAGAAUCCAUGCAGCAGUGGUGGAGUCAGGAAUCUGUUAAGGGAGGCUGACUUGAACUAUGAUAAUUGGCCGUGAGAGAGGGGCUAACAAUUUACCGACUACUGUAUUUCCUAAAUUUGAUAUGAAUUUACAAUGGGGUGAUACAGUAGUCCCUACUAGUUUCAAUGAUGCAACAUCCUCUACGGCCAAGUCUUGCUACUACAAAGACCUUUCAUUUACUUAAAAUUUUCGUAACAUGCAAUCCAGCUCCUCUUCGGAAGUGGCUGGUAGCAGGGGUGGCUAUACGGUCCGGUCCGGUUAAAUUGUACCUAAUUGAUUCGGUUUUAAUUCGGUCUUUUCGGGAAUAUAAGGACCAAAAAUUGAAUUGGAUACAGUCUGGUCUUGAUCCCGGUUCGGUCUUGACCCAGUCCGGUUUUGAUUUUAGAUUGAGCUUGUGAGGAUUUGAGCGGCCUGAGGCCUGAAAGGAUGAGGAGUUGGUUUAGUUUUGGGUGUCGGGCUCUCUUAUCUGGUCUUUAUCCGGUUUUUUGUCUCGUCCAUAACGAUUUUUUACCUCAAAUCUAAGGCCGAAAAUGAUAUUGAAUUGUUUGCUAUCCGAUCCCAAUCCGGUUUAUUCGAUCCGAUUUCAAGUAAAACCCAAGGUUCAAAAAGGCGCUAGGCGUAAGGUGGGCGUUGAGCCUUUGCCUUGUGCCUAGCUCGCCUAGGCGUUGACUAAGCGUGCCUAGGCGUUGGAAGAAAAUAGCUAUUCGCAGGGCAUGAUGAAUGAAAUAAUAAUCUACAACACUUCUUCACUUCAGUUAAAAUGAUUAAUAACUUACUCAACACUUAAUGACAAGAAUAUAGCUUACGAGUUUAUAGAAUCAUAGCUCAAUAGUUCACAAAGUUCUUGAGCUAUUGAAAAUAUUGCAAUAGAAACUUGAUUUCAUAGUUUAUGUUAAUUUUGGUAUUUAAUAUUGGCUUCUUAGCUCCAUCUAGUAAUGUUUAGGAGAGACUUAUAUGUCGCCGUACUCCAUUAACGUGUUCCAGUAUCUAAUUAGGCGCGAAAUCCCUAGGCGAGGCGUUUUGUCAUUGCUUUGCGCCUAAGCGUGCCUAAGCGUAAGAUUAAUCGUGCCUUUUUGAACCAUGGUAAAACCAAAAAGACCGGACCAAAUAGCCACCCCUAGGCCCCAGUGGGACAACCUACUUUGUAUAUGAUUUCCCUGGCUCUCUUUGCCGCGGCCCAGGGGUUGCAACCGGCAAGCCCGGCCCAGAUUUAGCUGGCCCACUUGUACAGACUACAGACGGAUGGGGUUAGAAUAUUUUAAGGGAGAAGAAGAAGCUUGGUUCAGGCUCUGGUGACUCUUCCAUCUUAUUUACAAAAGCAAGCCCGGCCCAGAUUUUCACUUACAACUAAAUCAAUUUUCGUAUGGGCUUUAAGCCCACUUCUGUCUAAAAGGAAAGACGAGUAACAUUCUUUCGGGCUUGUUUGGAGGUUAGGAUUUGAGAUGAAUGAUUUAGCCAAUACAUGCAUUUGAGUAGA